UUUUCCUUGAGAGAUGAGGCAGAUGAAUUCGUUGAUAAACGCAGCACGAAUGAACAAGACAUCAAGGAUUGGUGGCCACCUAAAGACGGCGAAUGUAUCGACGAUGCACUAGUGAUCACUGAACUGCUUAAAGAUUACGAUAAAUUCAAGUUGCCAGGCGGUUCGAAUGUUCAAGUCUCUGUUGAGAUUUGGGUACAAGAAGUGUCGAAAAUAAUCGAAAUAACAAGUGAAUUUGAGUUGGAUAUUUAUGUGACCGAAAAAUGGAUCGACCCUUCGCUUGCAUACGAUCACCUCAAUCCUUGCAAGAAGAUAAAACUCACAGGUCCAUGCUCAAAUGCAUUAAGGACGUUUCCGAUUGACCAGCAGAAGUGUAUGCUUUUCUAUGAAUCGUUUAAUCACAAUUAUGAACAAGUAGCGAUGGAAUGGACUGAAACAGCUCCACCAAUAACAAUUUUGAAGCAAAACAUCACUUUACCUGACUAUGUGCUAGUCGAUUUCACAGCCACAAGUGUGAGGAGGCUGUAUCCACCUGGCAUAUGGAAUGAACUCAUCGCCACAUUCACUUUUCAACGUCUUUAUGGAUUUUAUAUCUUGCAGGUAUAUGUGCCAGCGUACAUUUCCGUCUUCAUUUCGUGGGUAUCCUUCUACCUCGGUCCACACAAUAUCCCUUCGAGGACAACUGUUGGCGUUAACUCGCUUCUCGCUUUAACGUAUCAAUGCACAUUGUUUCAAUUUGGAUCCGUUGUGAGCAACUUACCAAAAACGAGUGACGUUAAAGAUUGGGAACGAGUAAAUCUGCGUUCUUGUCCUGAUUUCUUAUCAUUCACCGAAAUUCUUUGA